UAUACCAACCUUGGCUGUGCGUAUUACUGUCUCGGUGAUUAUAAAAAAGCAGUCGAAUUUCAUCACCAGUCUCUUAGUAUCCGAAGAGACAUUGAAGAUAAAAGUUCAGAAGGUGCAACAUAUACCAUCCUUGGCGAUGCGUAUAGACGUCUCGGUGAUUAUAAAAAAGCAAUCGAAUUUCAUCAGCGGUCUCUUAGUAUCGCAAAAGAGAUUGGAGACAAAAGUUCAGAGGGUGCAGCAUAUACCAACCUAGGCUGUGCAUAUUACUGUCUCGGUGAUUAUAUAAAAGCAAUCGAAUCUCAUCAGCGGUGUCUUAGUAUCGUAAAAGACAUUGGAGACAAAAGUUCAGAAGGUGAAACAUAUACCAACCUUGGCUGUGCGUAUGGCGGUCUCGGUAAUUAUAAAAAAGCAAUCGAACUCCAUCAGCAGACUCUUGGUAUCGCAAAAGACAUUGGAGACAAACGUUCAGAAGGUGCAGCAUAUACCAACCUUGGCUGUGCGUAUGGCUGUCUCAGUAAUUAUAAAAAAGUAAUCGAACUCCAUCAGCAAGCCCUUGGUAUCGCAAAAGAGAUUGGAGACAAAGAUACCGAAUGCAAAGCAUAUACCAACCUUGGUGCUGCGUAUAGAUGUCUCGGUAGUAAUGAAAGAGCAAUCGAAUUUCAUCAGCAGUCUCUUAGUAUCGCAAAAGAGAUUGGAGACAAAAGUUCAGAAGGUGCAGCAUAUACCAACCUUGGCUGUGCGUAUGGCUGUCUCAGUAAUUAUAAAAAAAACAUCGAACUUCAUCAGCAGGCUCUCGGUAUCGCAAAAGAGAUUGGAAACAAAGAUGCAGAAGGCAAAUCAUAUACCAACCUUGGCACUGCGUAUCAUCGUCUCGGUAAUUAUGAAAAAGCAAUCGAAUUUUAUCUGCAGGCUCUUAGUAUUGCAAAAGAGAUUGGAGACAAACGUUCAGAAGGUGCAGCAUAUACCAACCUUGGCUGUGCGUAUGGCUGUCUCCGUGAUUAUAAAAAAGCAAUCGAAAUUCAUCAGCAGUCUCUUAGUAUCGCAAAAGAGAUUGGAGACAAACGUUCGGAAGGUGCAGCAUAUACCAACCUUGGCGAUGAGUAUAGAGGUCUCGGUAAUUACGAAAAAGCAAUCGAAUUUCAUCAGCAGUCUCUUAGAAUCGCAAAAGAGAUUGGAGACAAAGGUUCAGAAGGUGCAGUAUAUACCAACCUUGGCUGUGUGUUUGGUUGUCUCGGUAAUUAUAAAAAAAAAAUCGAACUCCAUCAGCAGGCUCUUGGUAUCGCAAAAGAGAUCGGAGACAAAGAUACAUAGGGCAAAUCAUAUACCAACCUUGGCAAUGCGUAUUACCGUCUCGGUGAUUAUAAAAAGUCAAUCGAAUUGCAUCAGCAAUCUCUUAGUAUCGCGAAAGAGAUUGGAGACAAAGGUUUAGAAGGCAAAGCAAAUGCCAACCUUGGCAAUGCGUAUUACUCUCUCGGUGAUUAUAAAAAAGCAAUCGAAUUUCAUCAGCAGUCUCUUAGUAUCGCAAAAGAGAUCGGAGACAAAUCUACAGAAGGCAAAGCUCAUACCAACCUUGGCAUGGCGUGUAACUGUCUCGCUGAUUAUAAAAAAGCAAUCGAAUUUCAUCAGCAGUCUCUUAGUAUCGCAAAAGAGAUUGGAGACAAAGAUGCAGAAGGCAAAGCAUAUACUAACCUUGGCAUCGCGAAUGACUUGCUCGGUGAUUAUAAAAAAGCAAUCGAAUUUCAUCAGCAGUCUCUUAAUAUCGCAAAAGAGAUUAGAGACAAGGGUUUAGAAGGCGAAGCAUAUAUCAACCUUGGCAACGCGUAUUGCUCUUUCGGUGAUUAUAAAAAAACCAUCGAAUUCUAUCAGCAGUCUCUUAGCAUCGCAAAAGAGAUUGGAGACAAAGGUACAGAACAAAGCACGUACCACAAUCUUGGUAUUAUUUUUGAUAUGCUUCAUGAUUUCCGUAAGGCUGAAGAGUGUUAUGAAUCCAGUAUAAAAGUGUUUGAGGAGAUGAGGCUCCUUCUUCAAGAGAAAGACGAAUGGAAAAUCAGCUUUCGAGAUAAAUUAAAAACGUACAGGUGGUUGUGGAUUGUUCAGUUACGACAAAGCAAGACCAAAGAGGCGCUUUUAACAGCUGAGCGGGGACGAGCGCAGGCUCUCGCUGAUCUGAUGGAAUCACGGUAUGGCGCAAAAUCGUCUUCAUUAGCAUCAAAAGAGCAGAUUGAAAGAAUAGCUAACAUUUCAAGCCUUCUUUCAUCGCCUACGACCUUUCUUGCGGAAGCUUUCGAGUCAGUGUUAUUCUGGGUGUUGCAAAGGGACCGGGAAUGGCAGUUUAUUAUGGGCAGAAAACUGAGUUAUACCUUGGAAGAUAUGACUGACAAAGCAUACGAACAAAUUUGUGCUACUAAACCUGCCAGGUGCGAAGAUCGCUCACUGAAUGACCCAGACAACGAACCAAUUGAAGAUUUAUCCGAUAGGGGUGCCAAUGAAAAAGAAUUUACAUCGUUACAAGCUGGGAGUGAUGCUUUAAAGGAAUUGUAUGAUGUGGUUGUUGCUUCGAUUUCACACUUGAUAAAAGAUGAGGAACUUAUCAUUGUUCCUGAUGGUUCAUCAUUCUUGAUUCCUUAUGCUUCCCUUUUGGAUCAAAAUUUCAGGUAUUUGUCUGAAACGCUGAGAAUUCGAUUGGCUCCGUCACUAACAAGCUUGAGGCUGCUGUCAGAGUGUCCAGAGGGGCGCCAUUAUACAACUCGUGCACUUCUUGUUGGUAAUCCGUGGAUUGAAACUGUACGCAUCGAAGGAGAGAAAAUUGAGCAGCUUCCUGGCGCUGAAGAAGAGGUAAAAAUGAUUGGUGAGAUAUUAGACGUUGAGCCUCUCACUGGAAAAAACGCUACAAAAGAACAAGUGUUAAGCAGACUAAACUCAGUUUCUUUAGUUCACGUUGCAGCUCAUGGUUCUGCAGAAAGGGGUGAAAUUCUGUUGUCACCUAAUCAUGGCAGCUCCAAUCCUCCCGAAGAGAAAGACUGUCUUUUGACAAUGACAGAUGUGUUGAAUGCAAAAUUGGACGCCAAGCUUGUUGUCUUGAGCUGCUGUCACAGUGGACGAGGGAAUAUCAAGGCUGAGGGCGUGGUUGGAAUUGCACGUGCCUUUUUAGGAGCCGGUGCGCGUUCUGUUAUUGCGUCACUUUGGGCGAUUGACGACGAAGCCACUCUGAAGUUUAUGAGACACUUUUACGAACAUUUGGCCAAGGGGCAGAGUGCAAGUAAAUCGCUUCAUGAGGCCAUGAAAAUGAUGCGAGAGUCAGACGACUUCAAUGCCGUGAAGUACUGGGCACCAUUUAUGCUGAUUGGCGAUGACGUCACUUUAAAUUUGGACCAAUGA